GAAUUCAUAGGAUGAUAUAAACUUCCGGUUUCCGUACUUGGGCAGAAUGAACAAAGCCUAACCACAACUUUUUUCUUUUUAUAAAUGUGUUCAUGAGUGCCAUUGUCAGGUUGUAAAAUGCAGGAUCUUAAUUUGAAGUGAAAGUUUUUGACAAAAAUGUCAAGUGAACAAGUGGAAACAUUAAGCUGGUUUCAUCCUGGUUGUGACCGACACACGGCGGAGAGUUUACUAUUACAAAACGGAGUGGAUGGGACUUACCUCCUGCGACCCAGUUCUAAACCGGGGGAUUACGCACUCUCCGUCAGAUGUGACUCAUCUGUGAAGCAUUACCCAUUAACCUGGACGGGGACGAAUUAUAAAUUCGGGCAUGGAGAAUUUGAUAGUGUUCAAGAUUUACUACACCACUUUCAGAAUAAACCUCUAAUUGGCUCCGAGUCAGGUCAGCUAACCCUCCUUAGUUUUCCGUACCCUCGGGUAAUUGAUGAACCUAACAUGUAUGAUACAAUUCGAGUCCAUGCUGAGUUCAGCACCGCAGACGAUUUCUCCAGAGGACCUGAAUUCUCAAUUAAUUCAAAGGAGGGAUUUUUAACAAAACUUGGAUCCACAUUCAAGACCUGGAGAACAAGAUGGUUUGUCCUACAGAAAAAUGAGCUCCGAUAUUACAAAAAUAAAACAGACAAAACUCCCAUCAGGGCAUUAAAUCUAGACGAGUGUUCCGAGUGCCAAAGAGAUGGCUCUCACAAGGGAAAGUUCAAUGUUUUCAGAGUUGUGUUUAAAUGGCGGACAUUUUACAUGUAUGCCACCACUGAGCAGGAAUGUAACGACUGGAUUUCUCUCAUUAAUUGGAGGCUGAAAUCUGGUCAUAAAAGACAAUCUUCAGCAGCUGUGUGACCCAGUCUAUAAAUAGUGGCCUAUCAAAUCAAAGAACAGCAAUAAGAAAUGCCCAACAGCAAAGAACACUUGUCAUAGAAAUAACUACAUGUAUGUUGUAUCCUAUCUAAUGAUGGAUGUAAAAUCUGCAUGCAGGUUUGGACAAGGG